CUUGUUUGUUAGGGGAUACAUUUGCCCUGAACACUUCCCAGGCAACAAGCAGGCUGAUGCAAGUGGAAUGAGUUGAUUUUACCGGCGUCAUAGAAUCUGAAAGGUCCUGACCAAGUUGAAGAUGACAGACUGUCUGGGAGACGGGGCUGGGGAUAUGACCCCAAUGGACCUAUAUGAGAAACUAACAUCACAAGGAGACACAGUCCGAACUCUGAAAACUGAAAAGGCUGCAAAAGCUGAUAUUGACGCUGCUGUACAGUUGCUGCUGAAGCUAAAAGUGGACUACAAGCAGGUAACAGGUCAGGACUACAAGACUGGAUGUCCACCCUCAGAAUGCGUUGUUUCACAAGACAACGGGCCAGCUGCAGAUGGGGAGGACAUGGUCGACCCCUGGAACGUCUCCACCACCAACGCCAAAGGAGUGGACUACGACAAGCUGAUAGUGAGGUUUGGCAGUAGCAAGAUUGACCAAGAGCUGGUGGACAGAAUAGAGAGAGUCUCGGGACAGAAGGCACACCGGUUUUUACGCAGGGGAAUCUUCUUCUCUCACAGAGAUAUGCACCAGGUUCUGGACGCGUAUGAGAAGAACAAGUCUUUCUACCUCUACACGGGCAGAGGACCCUCCUCAGAUGCCUUGCACAUGGGCCACCUCAUCCCUUUCAUCUUUACAAAAUGGCUGCAGGACACGUUUGACAUCCCGCUGGUGAUCCAGCUGACGGAUGAUGAGAAGUACCUGUGGAAGGACCUGUCCCUGGAGGACUGUCACCGUUACACUAUGGAGAACGCCAAGGACAUCAUCGCCUGCGGCUUCGACAUCAACAAGACCUUCAUCUUCUCUGAUCUGGACUACAUGGGGGCGUCCCCAGACUUCUACAGGAAUGUGGUGAAAGUACAGAAGCAUGUGACUUUCAACCAGGUCAAAGGCAUUUUUGGAUUUGGCGACAGUGACUGCAUCGGAAAGAUUGCCUUCCCCGCAAUCCAGGCCGCUCCGUCGUUCAGUAGCUCUUUCCCUCAGAUCUUCAAGGGCAGAAAAGAUGUCCAGUGUCUCAUUCCCUGUGCCAUAGACCAGGACCCUUACUUCCGGAUGACCCGGGAUGUGGCCCCCAGGAUCGGCUACCCCAAGCCUGCCCUGUUGCACUCUACCUUCUUUCCAGCACUGCAGGGGGCCCAGACCAAGAUGUCCGCCAGUGACGCCAACUCCUCCAUCUUCCUCACAGACACGCCCAAGCAGAUCAAAAAUAAGGUGAACAAGCACGCCUUCUCCGGGGGGAAAGACACGGUAGAGGAGCACAGGAAAUAUGGCGGCAACCCCGAUGUGGACGUGUCCUUUAUGUACCUGACCUUCUUCCUGGAGGACGACGAGCAGCUGGAGAAAAUCCGACAGGACUACGCCAGUGGAGCCCUGCUAACCGGUGAGCUGAAGAAGCAUCUGAUAGAGACCCUGCAGCCAAUAAUCACAUCCCAUCAAGAGAGACGCAAGCAGGUCACAGAAGAGACCGUCAAGCAGUUCAUGACCCCGAGACCUCUAAAUUACAGUUUCUAGCCCGUGCAUAGCCAGUUUUAUUCAUGUGCUAAGUCCUGACACAAUGUUGGAGGUCGUUCAGGUCAAAACUCAGCAGGGGAGUGUUCAGCAGAGCACAACGUUCAGAUAUAAAUAUCUUUUGUAGAAUAGAUAUGCCUCUGACAUGUAGAAUAAUAAAGGAAUCGUUUCUAUUCUAUUCAUGACAUUUCUAUCUGCAACGUUCCACAACCUCCUACUGGAUGUGGCCCAGGUCUCAUCACAUGCGCCGUACUAGAAACAUGAAACUUAAAUGUGUCAAUGACAUAUCCCCAUGCUGAGCAGUUCGUGUCUAAUGAUUAACCAACUAUGAUAUGGCUUCACAUCAAAGUUACCAAGCAUUGACAAAGGAAGUCUUAUUUUGGUUUGUGCUAACAGCAAUACCAUUGGAUGAAUAAAAUAAUGUCUGUCUUGUGAA